AUGGCCUCCAUGUUCGGCAGCUUCCCGGGGAUGUUCAACGCCGCCGCGUUCGCCGCGGCGGCGGCGGCCGCUUUUCCCGCGGGGGCGAAGGGGCUGCCCAAGCUGGCGCCGGUUGCACCAGCAGCAGCGGCGGCAGCUUCGCCGGCGGUCUUGUGUCUGGCACCAAAGACAACUGCUGCCGCCGCCGGCAAGCCCCCGCCUGGCAAGCGGAGAAAGCGGGGCCGGAACGAAGAUGGCGAUGCCCCGGAGACAGGAGGUGCUACAGCAGCCGCCGAUGCCGUGAAGCUCGAGGAGGUUAACGGAGCAGCAGGGGGACCCUUACCUGCCGGCAGGAUAGCCGGGAGGGAACAGCAAGCCAUCUCUCCGCAGCAGGUGGCUUCUCUUGGAGCCGCGGGGAUGGGGGGCGUAGCCGGAGGGGGAGGGGCGCCGCCACUGCCGAUUAGCGUGCUCGCGCCGAGCUCGUUCGACGGCGACAUGUCUACCCAAGAACGGAAGGUUUAA